AUGUCUACUGCACCCUCGCACGCAUCCUCACGCGCACCCUCCACGUCCCCAGGCAGCCUAUCGCCUGUGACUGACCGCAGUACCCCUGCAGACCACAGGGCAAUGAAGGCGCGCUUAGCUGCUGCAGGCACCUAUGAGGAACAUGUCCAAAGAAGGCGUGCACUCAACAUGCCCCAGACUGCAACCUCUACAAGCACGUCUACCCUAGCUCUUGCUCCUGCCCUAGCUUCCUCUAGCUCUGCUGUACCUGCACUGGGUCUCUCAGGUGUCUCCGCCCCUGUUUCUUUGAGUGCAGGUGUCAUGAAGCUCUCUUCUGCCCCUGGGGGCGCUUCUGCCCCUGGGGGCGCUUCUGCCCCUGGGGGCGCUUCUGCUCUUGGUGGUGCUCCAGUUGUUGCAGGCAACUUCUCAUUGGCAUCUAUGGAGCAGAUGGCAUCUCAGGGCAUGCAGUUGCAAGAGGGCGCUACUAGUCCCUUGUUUACACCUAGGGAGCUCUCGCCUGCUGCAUCCGCCCCUCAGGCUAGCAAUGUAACUAUGCUCUCGCCUCUGGGGUCACCUUUUGCCAGGCAGGCAUCAGGCUCCGCCUAUGCUAUGCUGGGCUCUGCCCUAGUUGAGCCUGAGGUCGCUCUGCGCACCUCGCUGAAGCGCCCUUCAACGCCUAACAUCAUAAUCCUGGUGAGCCUAGCUAGGCUCACCGAUUACCCAGCCUUAAUGCUGGGUAAUGCCGGGUAA